AUGGCUCCAGGUGUUCCCGGUAUUCCUGUAAAACUUGACACUCCAAGAGAACUUACCCAUAAACCUUCAAAGGAAUCUUUUGUAAGAUAUACUUCGGCUACAAGGCUUCAGAGAUAUACUACUACCAUUGAUAAAUUUGAUGCUCCUGAGAAAACUAAAUUUGAUGCUCCUGAAAAAAUUAGAUUUGAUUCUCCUGAGAAAGCUGAAUUUUUGAAAGAAUUCUCACAUAAAUAUGGUUAUAAUGGUAAAAUUGAUUCUAUACGUGAGAAUGAAUACCCUCAUUUAAAGGACAUUGCUUACCUUGAUCAUACUGGUACAACUACUUAUGCAAAAAGUACCAUUGAAUCAUUUGCUGAUGACCUUAAAAAUAAUCUUUUUGGUAAUCCUCAUUCUGAAAAUCCAAGUUCUCUACUUUCUACCGAACGAGUUGACCGAGUUAGACUCCGUAUCUUAAAUCAUUUUAAUGCAAAUCCUCGUGAUUAUCAAGUUGUAUUCACUCAAAAUUGUACCGCCGCAAUUAAAUUGGUUGGUGAAGUCUUUCCUUGGACUUACGGUAAAAGUUCAUUUAGAUAUAUGAGAGAAGGUCAUAAUAGUUUAAUAGGUUUAAGACGUUUCGCAGAAGAAAAUAAUUCUUCUGAUGUUAAAGUCGUAACCGAGAAAGACCUGGAGGCCAUGUUUAAAGCAUACACGGAACAUAGGAACAUUAAUUUGCCACCUGAAAAUAAUAACAGUAUCGUAUAUGGUCUUUUUGCUUAUCCUGCACAAUGUAAUUAUUCUGGAAAAAGAUUUCCACUUUCAUGGAUACGAAAGAUCAAAUCUUUUGAUACUGAUAAAUCAAAAGUCUUGGUUUUAUUGGAUGCUGCUGCUUAUGUAUCAUGUUCACCAUUAUCAUUAGCUAGUUUAGAUGAUUCUCCUGACUUUGUUGCUUUCAGUUUUUACAAAAUAUUUGGCUUUCCCACUGGAUUGGGUGCUUUGAUAGUAAAAAGUGAGUUGGCUACAAUAUUAAGAAAGCGAUAUUUCGGUGGUGGUUCAAAUUCUUCAAUUCAGGGUCCUAUCUUCAAUUUUAAUUUAAAACGCGCUGAUGGUACUUGGAUUGGGUAUCGUGAUGUAGAAAAGGUUGCAGGUGAACGUGGAAUUCAUUUAAGAACUGGUGGCUUUUGUAACCCUGGUAGCACUUCAAAAUGGGUAAAACUUAACCCUGAUCUUGUCAUGGAAAACUAUAUGGACGGAAAAUACUGUGGUGAUGAAAAUGAUCUUUACAAGGGAAGAAUCCAAGGUUCAAUACGCAUCUCAAUAGGUGCUAUGACAACAAUUGAUGACAUUAUUAAAUUUUUAUCAUUCCUUAGAGAAUACGUUGAUACGACAGUUCCUUCACAACAAAGAGCUUUAUCACAUGUAGCACCUAAAAAUCGUGUAUCACAAAAAGUAGAAAUGAGCAUAACACAUCCAAAUAUGGUUGUAGAAAAG